AUGGAGUUCAAAAGAGGAAAAACCUUCAUAAAAUCUAGCAUGCAGCUGACCCAUGAGAAAUUACCUUUAGUGAGCUUGAGUGCCGGAGAAAAGGGCAAUGUGGGAACAGACAUAAAAGAAAGGGGCCACCCUGAUGUUGAAAUCCAAAAAGCAAGGUUUUCUGCUGAUAAAUGUGAUAGCAUUUCCAACAGCUCAACCAAGAGUGGAUCUAGUGAGAACAUCCUGUUGCUCCCAGAAUCCUUCUACAAACCUGUACGGAAAAGUAAAACCCAUGACUGUGUUCUAGGAGGUGUAGGCAAAACUGAACAAUGCAGCUAUGAUAAUAAAAUCUCGGAAGAGGGCACUGUAGCUCCUGGAAGAACUAAAGGGCGGCUCAUCAACAGUGCCAGCUUUUCUGGACUUGGGAACACCCAGAAUUCUAGCAGCAAGAAAGAAUCAGUAGUUACCUCAAGCCAUUUCUUUAAUAGCCCACAGCAGAUGAUUGAUUACCGCAACUUUGUGCCACAGAUGCCCUUUGUGCCAGCAGUUGCAAAAAGUAUCCCUAGGAAGAGGAUUUCCCUGAAGAGAUCCAAAAAAGGCCUCCGGGAUAUAUUUCACAUUAAAAAAAAUAAGCCAGAGAGUCUUUCCUUGCUGUCAGAGAAGCAAAAAAGACAGCCAUUUCCAGGCUGCAAGUCAGAGCUGGCAGGCAGGUUUGGUAAAUAUUUCUUCAAAGCUGGAGAAACGUUUUCUGCUGACUGCUUGGCACAAGACUUUUCUGAUGGUGAGCUGCUGUCAGAGUCCUCUUAUGAGUACUCCAGUGUUCUGGGCGAAGAUGUUGCAUCCCUGAAGAGCUUUGAUUCUCUCACUGGGUGUGGAGAGAUCUUUGCAGACGAGAGUUCUGUCAAUAUGGAACUGGAGGUUAGCAAAGAAAUCUCGUUGAGGCAAUCUCAUCAGAAAGAGAGUCCUGCUAUGGGAUCGUUUCAAGGUGGAGUGGAACAGCUUGCAUCCCCAGCCCAAAAUGAAGCAGCUGACUUUGCAAAACUGUGGGACAGCAUCAACAAAUCAGUGCAGCUGCAUCAGAAGACAUUGUUUGAUAGGAGACUUCUGAAAAUACCCAGUAGCGAGCUGGGAAAGGCUAGAAAUGAGAACAGUGCCUCAGUGACUGACCUUCUUUCUUCCCCUGACUCUUCCAAAGAGAGUUCCAUAGAUACAGGAACCCCAAAGAGUGACAACCAGGAAUCCAUGUCCACCAGUGAUGAAGGAUACUAUGAUUCAUUUUCUCCUGGGCAAGAUGAUGAAAUAAGGGAGGAUCAGUCCCCUGGGGUUCCAGGUAGGUUUCCAAGAGACAGUUAUAGUGGUGAUGCUCUUUAUGAGCUAUUUUAUGAUCCCAAUGAAGCUCAGAUCAGUCCAGUUCUAGAUGAUGACCUAUGCAUGUCUGAAAGCAUUUCGGAAAAGCCCGUUGAAAUCCCUUUGUCAAUUUAUAGCUUUCAUGUAGGCUCUGAAGAAAAUAUGGCUUCUCAACCAGCCAUUGACAUCAUCAGUCAGGGAUUCCUUCAUAGCACAUGGAAAGGCAAAGAAUGCUUGCUUAAGCUCUGUGAUACAGAGCUCUCCCUGACCAUGGGGAUUAUCAACUGGCUGCGAAAAAACCCAGGAUUGAUUUCCCCCCAAGAUCUUCCCAAGAAUGCUCAGUCACAGAUGGAGAGAGAUGGUGAGCCAAUGCCCUCCAAUCCCAGCACAUGCCAGAACAUGUACAAAGGAGAUCUUGGGGAAAUUAAAAGCAAUCCAGAGACAUCGUCAGAUGACAGCAAAAAUGAAACCAAGGUACAUUCAGGAGACAGAACUGAAAAAAGCCAAAGUGAUGUUCUUUCAUGUAGCUCAACACAGGAAAGUUAUCAAGAAAGGGAAGGAAAUUUGAGUGCAAUAUCUGGGCUCACAACAGACAAUAGCAUAUCAGGUGACAUUCAGAGAUCAGAGGGUUGGGAUGAUCUAUUGUUGAGCUCAUCUGAAAUGGAAAAGACAUCUCCCUUAGAAGAAAGCACAGAUCCUAGCGCUGAAACUCUGUCACUAGAAGUCCUGAAUCUGGAGACAAUUUGCCAGACUGAUGAUAACCCUUUGAUAAUGGAUAACCAUGAUGCAGAAUCAUGUUCUUCUUACAUGACUGCUGCAACCUCUCCAGAUUCUCUUGAGACUGGAGAUGAAAAUGAAAUGAAUGAUCAAACCUGGUCUAUUGAAUGUGACAAGCCAACAGAGCCACUGAAUCUCAGUCAUUCCCAAAGCAAGCUUUUGGAACAUUGUGUCACUCAGGUUGCUUCCCUAAAGGUCAGUUACAAUUCUGAGAAUAAAUACUUGGAAGAUGAAUGCACUGGAAAUGAAGUGAGCAAUAAUACUGACACCAUAGCCAAAUUGAAAACCCAAAUACCGUUGCAAAAUGAAUGUAGCUGUAUAACCCCAAGCCCAAAAGAUCCUCCCAUCCAUCAUUCAAGCCAGUGUAAUGUUAACUCAGACACUGUUGCUAGUGCUCCAUCUCUCAAGAAUCAAAAGGAAGGUCUCACUUGUUUUGAAGAUCACAAAAAUAUAAGAAUCCUAGACUGUAUGAGUCCCAUUGCAAAAAGCAAACUACAAUUUGAAUAUGCCCAGUUGAAUAAUCAAGCCCUGUCUUAUAUAAAAAACUUCAGAUCUGAACUCAAUACUCAAAACUCUACCUCCAUGGCACAUAUUUGCAGACCCACAUUUUUACCACUAUUUGGUUCUGUUUGCUCAGACACAACUGGUGGCUUUUCACUGUCUUUCUGCAGAAGGAGCAGUUCACUGGAGAAAUAUUCACAAGACCAAGAGGUGACACCAAGCAGCACACCAUUGUGUGAUUAUUCAAACUUCCAGUGUAAAGUACUGCCAAAGGUGGCCACUCUCCCACUUUUAGAGGAUGCUAUCAAAGAGAGAACAGUUAUGGACAAGAACCAUGAAUAA